GAUGGCCUGGCCCAACAAGAAGCGGACGGCUGUGGUUGGCUUCGACACAUCGCCAUUCAGCCUCGAACAACAGCUUGAUUCCAUCGAUACCUCAUCGCAUCGCCAUUGCCGCCAUCGAUCGCGCGUCGUCUAUCAAACCCCUCCCCCUAAUCCAUCGACAAUCGUCGAGCCCGAACCACGACCGACACAGCGACGCGCUUCCUUGACCAAACCAUCGCAACUUACAAUCCAUUAACCUAAUCUAACGACGAACCCUACGAUUCGGCAAUUCCAGACCUCAUUGCUCCCCACGCCAUCACAUCGGCUCUCUCUAUCCCAACGCGAGACAUCAACAUCAUCGUGUACAGUCAGGAACCAUCAACAGCGAUACUCGCCUGAUUUGCGCCAAAGCUCUGAAACACGACCACAACAAAACCUCGGGGACGUUUCAAAUACCGCUACCAUGAAGCUCUACUACAUUGGUAUCUACAAAAACACCGAGCAGCCUGCGGUGCAGCUCUGCGGUGCCCACGAGCUUAGCGACUUCUCCAGGUUCACACGAGACCAAUACAAGAACUUCAUGACCAUGAUCAGCAGGACUGUCGCAGAGAGGACGAAGCCUGGCCAGAGGCAAAGUGUUGAGGAGCAAGAUUAUAUUAUCCACGCCUAUGCCCGCUCCGAGGGUGUUUGCGGUGUCGUCAUCACCAAGGACUACCCUCCUAUCGCCGCCCACAGUGUCCUUUCCAAGCUCAUGGACCAGUUUCUCUCGGAGAAGCCGGUUGCCACGAUAAACGCCGCCAAGAACGACGGCGACAUCCCUUUCCCGGCCAUCGAGCAGUACCUUCGCGACUACCAAGAUGCCAACAACGCGAGCAGCAUUGCAAAGAUCCAGCAAGAGCUCGACGAGACCAAGAUCGUCCUACACAAGGCAAUUGAUAGCGUUUUGCAACGAGGCGAGAAGCUCGACGACCUGGUUGCCAAGAGUUCCGACCUGAGUGCGCAGAGCAAGAUGUUCUACCAGAGUGCGAAGAAGCAGAACUCGUGCUGCCUGGUUAUGUAAAGAUCGUUCAUCAAUACCAACCAACCACGCGCGACUGUCUUCGCUUUUAGUCAGCCGCACUGAUAUAUGCCAUCGACCGCAACGUUCCCCCUACCCAAAUACAAAGAGCGACUGACCCCUCGUUGUCUUCGAGGCACUGGUGGGGGUCUCUUCUAAUUCAGCUUUUGGUUUCCGCGCAGGUUGCAGUUUGGCUACUGACGACAGAGGGCCUUACAGUAGCCGCUUUGGAUAUGUGAAAGCCACUUACCUUGACGGCUUCGUGGGCUCUGAGAAUGCUAAACUUCUAAUUCAACCUGCAAUAUACCCUUUCUCAUAUUCAUUGUUGUGUGGUACAUACCCGAAACUGUGAAAGAUUGACCACUGUUUGGCGCUAAAGCUGUGAAAUACAUACUUCGACUACCAGAUGUAGGUAGUCCUGUUAUAGAUUUGUUAUGUGUCGAACCCGAGGCUGCGCA